CAACUUUUCAAUUUAAAAAUUUAAUUCGACGCGAGCGCACGUAAAACCGCGUGAAUGCAUUUUAACGAAAAGAAGAAAAAAACCAAAACAAAAUAAAAAACCUUAAAGAAAAACGAGAAGUUGUGUUGUGUGUUACGUUUUCUGUCCGUUUGUUUUGUUUUUCGGUUUUUUAUUCUUGAAGACAACAAAUGUUGUCAACGACAGCAACAAAUAUCGGCCACGAAUGAGAAUUCAUUCUGUCCUUAAUUUCAAUUCAAUAUUUCAAACAAAAAAAUUUGAGAAAAAAAAUUUCGUCGUUUUGUGUUGUGUAUUUUUCUACCGUUUUGUUUGUUGUUGUGUGUAUUUUGAAUUGAAAUGAGAAAUAAAAUAAAAAUAAUGAAACAAAAGUGAAAUAAUAGCAGCAGCAACAACAACAACGACAACAAGAACCAAUAACAACGUGGGGUUUACUAAUCAUAAUAAAAUAGCAGCAGCAACAACAACAACCAGACACACAUGCAGCACAUCCCCAUAUAUUUGUAUGUAGGUAUGUCUGUCCGUCCGUACGUCGAUCAACGGUGUGUCUUGUCUUGAAUGUGUUUGAAUACUUUUGUAUGGAAAAAAAUGUGAAGUAAAUAAAACAAAACUAGAAAAAAAACAAAAAUUAAAUAAAUCAACAAUAACAACAACACCAAUUAUAACAACUUCAAGUGUAGUGUUGUGAGUAUUGAAUGGUUCUCGAGUUGUUAGUCUCUCAACCUCCGUUUUUGUGUUUAUUUUUAUAUUGUGGUGGGGUUUGUUUUGUGAAGCAAAAAAAUAUAUGAAAUAAAAGGAAUAAGAAACCCCCAAUAAAUUUGAAAUUCAUAAAGAAUAUGAAAAAAGAAAACAAACAACAAAUAACUACGUAUGCCACAAGGAAUCUGAUCCGGCAUAAAAAUGAAAACAACAAAACUAAGAAAUUGUGCAAACCCUACAAAAUUCUAUGAAGUUUUGAAAUGGAAUUCAUAGCUCCAUGGAUAUGAAGUGUGAAAAUAUGAAAAAGAAUUAACAGUGCAAGUGUUUGCUAAUAAUAGAAAAAUCCACGAAGAUAAUUGAUUUUUCAAAGAGAUUAAAAAAUAACCUAAUAAAAAUAAAAGAAAAAAAAAAAAAAAAACAAUGUAUUACUUAUAUUUGAAAUAAAACUAAAACAAGUGAAAAAAAAUCGAAAAACCUGGAUUGUGGGGACUACUUGAAAAAAAUAUUUUUUAAGAACUGGACCCCAAAAAUUGGAUUUAAAUACCUUAGGAUUUUUAUUGUGCCUCAUCGAAAAAAUGGUUACAGGCCCCACAUAGAGAAACAAAACAAAAAACUUAUAAAACAAAGCAAAGAAACCCAUAUAAACAAAUAAACUAAUUAUCAUUAAAUAGAAGUCAAUUGCUAUCAUCACAGAAACCUGAGUGAAUAAAAACCAACAACAGAAAAUUUCACGAUAAAAAUUAUUAAAAUAUCAGAUAACAGCAAAAAGUGUGCAAAAAAGAUAACAGCAAAAAUUUAAAUAAUCUGCAAAACAAAAAAAGAUAAAAAACAAAUUAUCAUAAACAGUUUAAAACAAACAAAGAAUACAAUUUGUGACAAAUUUCAAGUAACCGUUAAACCGAAUCAAACAAAGGUAGACAACAGAAUAAGAAAAAACCUGAAAAUAUUGCCUCUAACUGCCUGCAAAUACUGGCCAUUAAUAAUGGCUACCCAAAAAUCCAUGAUGUUGUAUAUCGGAGAUUAAAUAUUGGUGGGGUUCAAGAGCAGUGCCCAAAAAACAACCGAUCGACCCAGAGUGGUGGCCACCAAAAAAAAAAAAAAGAUUUGUUUUUGAAAAAUUAAUAAAAUUGAUUGUUUUGAAAACACAAAUGAACUAACAAGCAAGCCAGGCAAUUUUAAUAAAUUACAAAUCAAACAAAAAAACAAAAUCUGGUCGUAUUUUUCUGGAUUUCCUACCAAACCAGCCCAAACAGCCAGCCAUUUAAUUAAAAAACCAGAAGAAAAAAGAAAAAAAAAUAGUCAAGCGUCUACGAAAUAAAGUUAUUUAUUGUCUAAUUUCAAAACGUCGACAACAGCAACAGCGGUCCAAACCCAAAACAACAGCCUAAAAGCUUUACAAGCCAUCGACGACAACAACAGCAGCCGAAAUUGUUUGUAGCUUUUUUUUCAGUCUUCAUCUCUUGGAUACCAAACCCAAAUUCUGAAAAUACAAACGAAAAAUAAGCGACCGAAAUUCCAAACAUGUCGUCUACCAUGGCUGCCCCAGCUCCAACAUCAUCGACGUCGUCAUCAUCGCCGCCAACAGGGGUGACACGCACCUCGGAUUGUCGUAAAUUUUCACCAAAUAUCUUCAACAAAAGUAAAUGCAGUCAUUGUUUUCGUCAACGGGAAGAGCAUAGCGCUGCUGCCUUGGAAUGCAAUCGGCCGCCUCUGGUGAUAAUCAAACCCGCCUCCCGUAAAGUAUCGAAAUGUGGAUAUUUAUUUGUAGCACCAGAUUGGGAUUUUAGUAAUCCUCUUUAUAGAACAAAGAGAUGGCAAAGAAGGUGGUUCGUUCUCUAUGAUGAUGGUGAACUCACAUAUUCUGUGGAUGAACAUCCCGAAACCGUUCCACAGGCUUGCAUUGACAUGACCAAAGUUCUGGAGGUGACCACCGCCGAAGAUGUUACAGGUCAUAGCAAUUCCAUUGCCAUAACCGCACCAGAUCGUGUUACAUUCGUUAAAGGUACCUGCCCCGAAGAGUCCAAAUGGUGGCUAAAUAUUUUGGUGGCCUUCCCCAAGGCCAAGGGUCGUCACAAGCGUAAUGCCACAUUUCCGGGAGCACAGGCCACAACCACCAAUACCAGCAGCCUGUUACAAUCCAGCAAUUCGGAUGCCGUCAAUGCGGCAGCAGUUGCUGUGGCACGCAGUCGUCAUAACUCCUAUCACAAGGAUAUCUUGACGUCCACCCAGUCAACGGAUGUUUUGAGUGGAACUAACGUUUCAAAUAUGACAACAACAACAACAUCGACGUCAUCUAUGCUCAGCGAUGAAACGACGAAGAAGAAGAAGUCUAAGCAAUCGUCAGCAAUAAACGGUAAUACAAAAUUAUGGUCACAUAAUGAUGUUGUCGUUAAGACACCACCAACAACAACUAUGUCGAAUUCAAGUGGCAAUGCUCGUAAAAGCCCGGCCAACUCAUCAAAAAUCACUAAAAACUCCCGGCAAACAACAAACAUUAAAAACAAUCGUUGCAACAACAAUGGCAAUGUUGUAGCUUCUGUUACCGCUGAUGGGCGGCAGUACGAUGAAGUUGUUGCCAUCGAUGAUGAGGAAGAUGACGACGAGGAUGAGGAUGACGAAGAAGAUGAUGGCGUUGAGACCGGCGAGGAUGAUGAAGAGGAUGACGACGAUUUGGAAGAAGAGGAAAGUGGCCAUUCCACUGGCGAAGAAUGCAAUACCAAAAAGAAAAGCUCGGCAACCAACAACACCAACAAUGUUCAUGAUGAAAAUAAUCGCAAUGCUGUUAAUGAAAUUAAAAAUAGAGUUUCACCACCCUGCCUGCUUAUCGAAGAUAUAAGACGCGAUGAGAAAACCAUUAAGGAUUUGGCCAAUACCAUAACCAAUCUAAGUCAACAGCAAAAGAAUCGUUGGACCAGCACGGCCGUCAAUAAUGUCCUCAAUUCGCAUUUGCAUCAGAACAAUAACAACAACAAUAAUAAUAACAACAAAUUGGAUGAUAAAAAUUCACGAGAUGAACCCGAUUUCUAUAGGCCAACAACGAUCAGUAACAGCAACAAACAAUCCGGUGGCUCAGCUACAACUGCUGGCAGUGGUUGUAGUAUUGGUGGCGAUACAGCAAAUCAUUUGCGACCAAAAUCGUUACCAUUGGCUGCCAAUUCUACACCCGCCAUUGUAUCGGCAAUUGUUAAGAAAAUACCACCAGUAAUGGCAACAACAACGGCAAGCAACAAAUCUAGUCUACGCUAUCAUCAACAUCAUCAGCAACAACAGCAGCAGCAGCAGCAAACCUACCAAAGCCGCAAACAACACAAACAGGCCUUGGAACGAGGUGAUCCCGAUGGUGGCUGCAAUUUAGAUGAUCUUUCAUCCAACUAUUUGUCGAAAACAGUAGAAUUGCGUGUGAAUCCGGCAGUGCCGCCAUCCCAGGCCCAUGGAUCUUCUUCAGCUGCCUCAGCAGCGGCGGCGGCAGCAGCAGCCACGAAUACAACACCCAACAACACACCCUCAGCAUUGACCGAAUCACUGAACGCCAAGAAAGGUUGGCUAAUGAAACAAGAUAAUCGUACCGGUGACUGGACCAAGCAUUGGUUCACAUUGAGUGGUGCUGCUUUGUUCUAUUAUCGUGAUCCUGUUUCGGAGGAGCGUGGUGUCUUAGAUGGUGUACUGGAUGUUAAUAGUCUUACAAAUGUGGCCGAAGUCAAUGCCAAUAGAAAUUAUGCUUUCCAGUUAACAACAUGGGAUAAGCGGCGCCUAAUAUUGGCUAGUCUCUCACCAAAUUCUCGCAAUAGCUGGAUUGCAAUUCUAAGAAAUGCUGCAGGCUUACCCGGCGGCAAUGGUAUGGCAUCCAGCAAUGCCAGCACCAGUGUAACAAGCUCUCCCAUACAGAGCGGCAUGGGCAUGAAACAUUCGAGUAGUGGUGUACAGACGUUGGCGCCCAACGAUAAAGCCUCAACAAUAGCAGCAGCCGCAGCAACAGCCACAACAACUGAGCUGAUUAUCAAAGAUAAUACCAGUGAUGAUAUGAAAAGUGAAAUUGAAAAAGAUUUUAUCAAGGCCCAGCGGAUAAUGCAAAAAUAUUCCGGCGAGUCAAAUAGCAGACUAAAGAAGCUAACCAACGAAACUAGUCCCAAGGUGAUCAUCACCAAUGUCAGUAGUAGUUCAUCCAAGUCGUCAACCCAAAUUAGUCCACCAACUCCGCUAACACCAAAGACUGCUAUGCAUUUUUCUUCGGAUGAAGAGUAUCGUACCGCUUCGGAGGGUGGUAGGCGGGAUAGUAUUGGUGAUUGGGGCUCACCGCUGUCACCUUCCCCGCCCAGCACCCUAAAUAUGAUGAGAGCCAAAGAUAGAAUGCGUUCACGCACCACAACACCCUGUCCACGCAUGCAUAAGCGUAGCCGUUCAUCUCCUCCCUCCUCUAGGCGUAGCACUGUUGACAGUGUGGGCUCAGAUGAUUUACCCGUCAUCCACACCGUACAUGAGGAAAUCAAUUUAAAUGUGGACAAGGAAUUGCAGUUCCGUCUCAGUGUUGUGGAGAAGGAACGCGAUCUAUUACGCGAUGAAGCCAAAGAACGUGAGGCUCGCAUGUCCGAGCUACUCAACACCUUAGAGCGUACCGAGCAAGAGUUAAAUCAACGCAUACAGGAAAUGGAAGAGGUACGUGAAUGUUUGACCACCCAGCUGGAGGAUGCCAAGAGAAAUGCCUCUGAAAUCAUUGAAAGACUAACCGAUGAAUUGGAUGAAGGUCAAAGGAAAAUCAAAGAUCUCGAAGAUCGCUUGGCCCGAGGCAUUGAAGAAAACGAGAAUCUUUACAAGAGACUCCGAGAAAUGGAGAGCUGUAGUCCGGCAAGUUUCAUCAACCUGCAAAGGAGCAAAAUGAAACGCAUGGACUCGUUGAGUGACCUAACCCACAUUAAUGACAUUGAUCCAUAUGGCUUGGAGCGAGAUUCCCUGGCCGAAGAAUACAGUGAGUUGAAGGGACGCUUUGAGAAGGCUGUCAAUGAAAUUCGGGCCAUGAAACGGGAGCUGAAAGAAUCCCAGAAUCAAUACGAUUCUCUGGAGAUUUCCUAUGCUUCACUCAAACAGGAUUUGGAACGCAAAGAAAUCGAAGAUCAGUCUCAGCUACAAAUGAUGGCUGAUCGUAUACAGGAUCUUACACUGAAAUACAGCUCAUCGGAGAGACAAGUGCGAACGUUGAAACAAAAAUUAGCCAAGUCCGAACGUCGAAGAUCUUUGUCCCUGAAGGGCAAAGAACAGCUAACCGUUAGCAAAGAAUUGGAAAUAAAGUUAAAUGAUUUGGAAACCAAAAUGGAUGAAUUGGAAAAGAGUCAUCAUUUGGAUGUAAAACAACCGAUCAUGGAGAGUGCUCCCGCAGUGAGGCUGGCUGGAAAGAAAUCAUCUCGACGCCGUUCACUGGAAUCUUCGGCCUCAGAUUCUUUGCAAUUUUUGGUGCGGGUCAACGAUUUGGAAAAACGUUGUGAGGGAGUUAAUAGCUCACGCAGUUCCUCGUGUACCCCCACACCGAAUUCCAAUACACCCACACUUGAUUCGCCACCAUCACGAUCCUCACCGGCUGGCAGUAAUCUGCGCUUAUCCGAACAUUUACUCGAACGUCUAAGGUGUUUGGAAAGUGUCUUGGUGUCGAGCAAAGAUCGCCUGGAACAGGGUCUAAGUCAGUUACAAAAUUUACGUUCCUCCCGUAAUCGUCGUUCCGUUUCACCCAUUACCGAUCGCAAAGACUCCUAUCGUUUUGUCGAACGAUGCCUGCAGGAAGUUGUAAAACUUAUCCGAGAAUCAACCGAGACUUGUGUGCUGCAGGGAUCACAGACAGAUGUGGCCCAGCCUUCCGUUUACAUGUUACCCGAUUCUAGUCCCGUCAAGAAAGCUUUAACCCAAUUGGAAUCCCAAUUGCGCUCCAAACUGGCCGAGCUGUUGAAACAACGGCGCAUGCUCAGAGAACGCAAUGAACUGACUAAGCGCAAAGAUUUGGAGCUGCUGGCGGAACGUAUUGCCUUUGAAAGUGUUUGCUUUGGUAAGCUCAGAGACUCUGUAGAGCGGGCGGAAAAUCCGGAAUUGUUCAGUGAACGCCAGACCCGGGCCGAAGUGGCGGAAACGUCGCAUUUAAUGUCCUUGCUCAAAGCCAAGCUGCAAGGCAAGUGCACGGUGAAAACCAGUGGCAGUUUGGAUAUUCUGGCUGGCGUUUUAGCUCGCCGAUUACUGCUCUCCAGCUAUCAGAAAACCCAUGGCUCGGCGGCUCCACAAAAUGUGAAAUUAUCCAUGGAACCGGUAGAUCAAAACAUGCUGGAUGAUUUAAUGCGCCAGCAGAGUGAAAUCAAUGUCAUUGCCAAGCGUUACAAGAACAAUGCCAUGGAAAAUUUGGCCACUAGUCUGGCGGCGGAAACCCUAAGCUACAUAUCAACCAAUGACCUGGUACAAGGAGCUGUCCAAGAGGCUUGGCGCCAGGCCCAGGAAACCGUCAAUGCCGAAUUGGUGCAAUCGGAAAUCGCCCACAUUAUGAUGCGCAAUGCCGAACGUCUGGAAAAUUCUGUGGCGCCAUCUUUUGGCUACACCCUAACAUCCGAGGAACGUUUGUCGUUUGAAAAGUUCGCCGAUGCUGUACAUGAUGUUCUACGCAAGGAAAUGGAACUGGCUGUUACCCAGCUGACCCAAUGCUAUGAGGAGACCAUGCAGCAGAUGAAACGCGGUCAAUGGCGCAUGCAUUUGCAGCACGAACACAAGGCCAGCGAAGGACGUCAACUGCUCUCCGAAUUCGCCGAUAUUGUGGCCCACAAAGCAUUAAUUGAUGCCCGCAUUGAUGUCUUACGCGGUGAAUAUGCCUCACAAUCUCAAUCCAUCUCCAAGCUAGACGAAGAAAAAGAAGUCAAAAAGCUCGGUAUUACGGCCUUGCAAAAGUAUGAAAAUCUUUUCGAAGAGCUAUCUACCGAUCUGCAAAUCAACAAUCCCGAUGACAUUCUACUCGAAGCCGAUUUUGAAUUCAUGUACAAACAGCAUGCUGUCGAUUUUCUCAGCGAUCGCCAAGUCCUCUGUGACAUUUCAACCUUCCUCAGUCAACUCGAAGACUCACUAAUUGCCCUGCAGUGUGAAGCCACCACCUCCGCCAAUGAGCACAUACCACGUACGGAAAUCUCCAUCGAAUCCUUACAAGAUGUUUGUCACAAAUGCUGUGAGCUACGCAAACGAGCCGAUCAGCUUCUACAAGAAGUUCAUCGCAAAUUAAAUGAUUCGUGUCAGCAUUGCCUGCAGGUGCGCGAAAAACUGCACAGUCUCAAGGAACAACAUGAAAGUGAAAUUCUCCGGCUGCAACAGUCACACGCCAAAGAUUUAUCUGCCCUCAUGCAGCAAGUCGAACAUCAACGUUCGUCCAUACGCUGCCUGGAGGCCGAAAAGAAUGCCAUUAACCAAGAUUUAAAUAAAAGCGAAGAGUUAAUGGAGGAGCGUGAACGUGAACUGAAGUCGGUAACACAGCUGUUGCAUACCAAAGAGGAUGCCUUGCAAGCCACCCAAGGUGAACAGCGUGAAUUAUUGAAACGCCUCGAAGCGGAAGAAGAAAAAGUGCGUUCCUAUCAGGAGGAGAGCGAUGCACUGACAAUGAAGUGUGCCCGCCAAGACGACGAGUAUGGUAUGCUGUUGCAGGAACGCGACUAUUUGCAGGCGGAAUUAACCAAAGAACAGGAUCGCAACAAGCGACUGGAGAAGCGCGUGGAAUUGCUGGAAAUGGAACAUGGCAAACAAAUGGAAUGUCUGCAGCAGGCCUAUCGUGAUCAAAUGCUAACGCAUUGUCCAGAUUUUUCGAAUGCCAUCGACGAGGAGAGUUUCCGUCAGCGUUAUCAGAGUGAAAUCGAACAGUUGAGGACACUCUGUGAAAAGGGUUUGUCAGCCAUGGAAUCGUCACAUCGACGUACUAUUAAUGAUUUAGAAGAGAAGCAUAAACAAGAAAUUGAACGUUUGCUAAUCGAAAAGGAAACAGCCUUGGCCGAAGAAACUCAGGCAACAUUAGCUGCUCUUGAUGCAAUGCGUAAGGCACACCAAAGUGAGGUACAACGUGAAGUUGCGCGCUUUAAACAGGAAUUUCUUAAGCAGUUCCAACAAAAAGGCGAACGUACCAUGGAUUCUACCAAGGCGAAGGAGGAAGAAUUGGAGGAAUUGCGUCAGGAAAUUCUAUCAUUCUCCGAAAAGUAUUCCACCAAAUGUGUUGAAAAUGCUGCAUUGGAAGAGAAAUUACGUGCUGCCAAUCAAAAGCUGAAACAUUACCAACAAAUGCAACAAUUGGAAUUAAGAAACAAACAAUUCCGUGCCCAUUUGGCAUCUGAUGAUCCAACCAAAGAUAUGCAAUAUGUUCAAGGUUUAUCGAAUCCCAAAGAUGGUGAUGAUGACGAUGAUGAAAAUGGAGCUGUGUGUCAAGACAGUGAGCAUGUGCAUGCAACAAGAAAUUGUAAUCAAGAUGAUAGUAAAGAAGUCCAGAAGGAUGAUGAACGGGACAAGGGACACCAUCUAAAAGAUAGCCGUGAACAAGUUCAUGGGCAAUCUCAAAGGCAGCAGCGGCAGCGGCAACCAGAACGACUGGAAAAAGACCAACAACAAGAACAAUGUACAAAAAUAACAAGCAUAGUUUUACCCGAUACAAGACCACCACCACCACCAGCAACAGCACCACAAUCAACAUCCUCUUCGUCGUCUCCCAGACAGGAACAACAACAUCAUCAGCAAUUACAAUCUAUCAUCAUCAGGGGUUUAGAUAGCUCAACUCCAGCAAAAACGUGUUCAAGCCAUGAUCAAUAUGCCUUUGUUGAUGAUGGUCACAAUGAACAUUCUAGCCAUGAAGAUGGUGAUAAUAAUAAUAAUGAUGAUGUUGUUGUUGCUGUUGCUGCAGCACCUCCUUUCGAUACAACAUCAAUAACUAAUAACACAAAUUCGAUUGCCACCACCACCAUCACCACAAGCAUCAACGGCAACAACAUUUGCAGCAGCACAACCACCACAACCUGCUCUCCCUACACCAUAAAUAUAACAGCAGCAACAACAAAGAUCAGCACCGCCAACACCAGCACGACCACUGUCACUUCUUUGCCAGCUUCUGGUUCUGGCAUCUAUGGCAAUAACCUAAAAUCCUCCUUAAAUUUUCAUAAUAACUCGGAAAAUGCUGAGGAUGCUGCCGGUAGCUCCAAACGCCAGCCAAAUGAUGAGCUUGAUCAGCGUUGUGUUGCUUCUGCUGCUGCUGCUGUUGCCGUUGCUUCUGCUAAUGAUGAUGUUGUUCUCAUUGGUGACACGCAAGACAUGCCAGAAGGUGGUGGUGGUGGUACAAAGAGUGCCAAUGUUAUUGUUAAUAGAUUUUGUCAUGAUCUUGAGGAUAAUCUUGGCAACAAUUGUCGCUACACAUACGAGCCAUGUUAUAAACAAAACAAUUUGUUUAACUAUCAAAAUAGGAUGUUAAACUUUGAAGGUUUAAAAACACCAUCAUCAACAACAACCACAACAUCAGCCAAAACAACAUUUGGUAAAAAUUUGAAAACGUUGAGCAAUCAAAAGAAAUUGAACACUGGCAAAUAUACACGACAACAGAUACAACAACAACAGCAAAAAUCGCCACAACAAAUAACAAUGUUGUCCCCUCACAGCAGCAGUGAAAUAUUGGCGUUGGCAAAACCGACGCCAACCUCAACGACCUCGGUGGGAAAAACGCCAAAUGGAAGGCCAAUGUAUCGUUCAAUAAAAACAUUUCAAAUUAAGGAUAACAAACAGGGAGAAAUUGAGGCAAAACAUAUUAGUGAACACAAACAGCAACAACAACAACAACAAGAAACAACAUUCAAAUCCUCCAUACAACAACAACAACCACAACAACCAGCACCAACAACAUUAAAAUCUGUACUAAACCCAGUGGAAUUACCAAAGAAUUUUAGUGCUAAUAAUACAAUUAAUUUAAAUUUAAAUUAUCUAUUAAAUAUGGAACAUAAAAGGCCACAUAAUAAUAAUACAGCAACACCAACAACAAAUACAGACCAUACCAUUAAUAAUAACAACAACAGCAACAACAGUAAACCAAUAUUAACAUCUACUUUGGCAACAAAAAAUAUGAAAAUUGCCGAAAAAUGUGCAAUAAAUUUGAAUAGUUUUGCAGAUAUCAUACAAAAAACGAAAACAACAACAGCAACAACAACAAUGCCAACAAUGCCAACAAAAACCAAAAUAAUUGAUAAUAAGCAUAAAGGAGAUGAUGAUGAUGAUAGCGUUAAAAAAUAUCCGCCACAACACUUACGACAAUCCUCCCAAAAGCCAAACAAAUACACCUUGAAAUCAACAACAACAGCUACACACAAAAAUGCGAACGAACAACAAUUUCAUCAACUACAACAACAACAACAUCAUUUGCAACAACAUCACCACCAUAACACUCUAUGUCAUGAUACGGAUACGAUGACAAUGAAAACAAAACGAUCCCGUAUUAGUAGCUCACCCCCUCCCUUAAAUGGAAGGGACGUUGAGCUGAACACUAUUUGCACCAUCAGCAGCACCAAUACCACCACCGCCGUCAAAGGCACCAUCAAUUCGAAAAGUCACCAACAAUCAGCCCAAAACACAGCAUCAUCACCAUCUAAUAGCAGCACCCCUGCAACCACACCAGUUGCUUCAAAACCGUCAUCAAAGGCCACCAAACGCAACUCAUCACCCUCAAAGCGCUUCGAAUUGGAAAUUUAACAAAGGAAUAAUGGAAGAGUAUCAGCAACCAUUGUUCCGGAAUUUGAAUGUCCUGCAAAGGUAUAUUUUAGUUUUUCGUUUUGCAUUGCUUUGAAAAUAUUGGAAUUUUAAAUACGUCGGGCAGGAAAAUUUUAAUAACGUCUUUUGAGAAAAGCUCAAAACUGACCGAGAACAAUGCUACUUUCAAUUUAAAAAUAAAGCUUAAAGCUUUUAAAAAGCAAACAUAAAGGGUCUUUAGAUUCGGUGGUUCUGUACUGGGAUUCUGUAACUAAUAUUUUGAAUUACCGACAAAAAUCGGUAGCUUUGAAACCAAAAUUUUGAUUUGAAAAAGAAAUUGAAGUUGAAAACAUUGAUAUCUAUCGGUAGGUCUCAUCGACUACUUUGAUUUCGUCGCUAACUUACCGACAAAUUUCGUAAAUUAUGAGCAUUUUGAUUUUACCGACUCUUGUCGGUAACUCAAAAAAUGAGUUAAGGAAUUUUACUACUGAUGAUGACUUGUCUUCUUUGGAGAAUCUUUGGAGAAAUAUUACGAUCUGUUCCAGAACUGGAAGAAUAUAAAAGUUUUUACUAUGAUAAUCGAUUUUCCAUUUAUGAUAUCGAAAAAAAUGCAAAACUAGGAGAUUCUUGCAGAUUCUGGAACAGCCCUAUUAGUUAUUUUCCAGAAUAUGCAAGAACUAUUUUCCCAAUUUUUACUCGAACUCGAACUUGCAGACAAAAAUAUCAGAACACAUGCAAAUAUGGCUACGUUUUCCUUGAACAUUUUGGCCCAAUGAGAAAUAGUAACAUGGUUACCAGAUUCUGAUUAGCUGAUGUGUAAAUUUUGAAGGAUUACCAUCUAAUUUUGACAUUUUUACUAGUUUUUUGUUUUCGUACUUUCAGAGCAAAGCAGUUUUCUUGGAGCGAAGUUGACAAUGACCUCUUUUACUAGUUUAACCAUUAAACAGUACGGGAACACAACAAUUUCUAAAUGCUUAAGAAUUUUUUAAAAAGAGAGUGAGGGACGUACACAGGUAGGGGGCCGGAUCCGCUCGAAAAUUUAAUGUUUCUAGCUUUUCCAUUGUAAACUUUACAAGCUUGGAAGAGUCCAUUUCUAGGUCCGAAAUGCAUUCAUGUGUACAUCUUUGCAUAAAUAAUCAGCUGUGGUGAAAUUUCAAGAGGACAAUAUUAGAAAAAUGAUGGAGGAUGGUUUGAAGUUAAAUGGUCUAAUAUAGGGCUAUUUGGUCUUGUAAGAAGAGAGGGAGAGACUUUUUUAUCCGAUACCUUCGUUUUAUAAUAUACAGACAGAGAAGGACUUUUAUCAGCAGCCCUGAUAUAGGCAUUGUAAAAAUAUUUUAUUAAACUUAAAAAAUAUAUUUCUGGGGGCUCAAUUUUCAUUCUUUAUAAUUAUAAAAUUAACACUUUUAUAAAGGAAAGAUAUUUUAAAUAAAAUUUUUUAUAAAGAAAAUAUUUGUCAUUUAAAUGUUCAUAGAUCCAGAAGCCAGUCUCUGGAAAUCUUAAAACCACCCAUCGAUACUGGUUAUCGAAUAAAUAUCGUAAUUUACUCUUUGAUUCAUCUGCUGAAAAUGAAAAUAGAAAAAGAAAACUUUAAUAAAAGACAAAAAAUGCCAAAAGAAAAUUUUCAUUAAUUAUAUAUUUCUCUUUUCAAAUUUUCAUCGAACAUGAACCCGACCAGUAGUGGAAUUCUCUAACUCAUUUUUUGAGUUACCGACAAAUUUCGGUAAAAUUAAAACGCAAAUUAUGAAUGAAAAAUCUAAAUUAAAAUAAAAAACACUUUUGCUAUCGUUACGACUUGGCGAAUAAUUUAUUUUGGUCGCUAAGUUGCCGAAAAUAUUCGUUAAUUUCCGAAGUUAUAAGCAUUUUAAUUUUAACAAUUUUUAUUGGUUACUUAGAAAGCGAAUCAGAGAAUUGCAUCACAAGUUGGAACCCAAGACGGGACCGUCAUGAACAAUCGAUAUGAUUUCUAGCUUCUAGAUCUCCAUCUUAUGGCCUAUCGCCUGCUCGUCAUUUUUUGGUCUGGUUGAAUUGAGUCAUUAGCAAAAUUUUAUAUAUAUCCUCAUUGGGUAUUGUUUCCAUCCACAAUAUUCUACAUAAAAGUCAUUGGUAUACACCAAGUAUAUUUUAUGGCAAAACACGACCAGAAAGGUGAGUCAACUUCGAAGGAACAAGGAAAUAUGCAACUCUGUACCAGAGGCGUAUUAUGCCAGACUCUAAAAAAAUGAAAAAAUUAAAAUUUUAUUAAAAAAAGAUAUUAUCGGAGGGUAAAACACGCAAACCAUAGAAGGAAUGUGAAAUGACAAUUGAAUUCGAGAAAACCAAAAAUUUUUAGAGUUUGUUAUUUUUGUUUGUACAGUCCGUAAAUUUCAGUACGUAAUUCUGAGCAUUACAAUCUCAGAAAUAAUUUUUCUCAGGAAAAAAAUCGUUUAAAGUCAGCAGGGGAUUACGUUAUUCUGCCAAUUAUUUUAUCAUAAUUUUUGAAGUAACUAAUUACAAGAUUCGAUUAAGGUUAAUGCAAGCAACCCAUUUGGAGACGGUACUCAGCCAUAUAUGUCCUUUAAAUUUCCACAAAUAUUUAACUUACUCUUCUUCGCUGCAGUAUGGACAAAAGAGUGUCGGAUUAUUUUUGUGCGAUACAUUUCUUAAAGUGUUUGUUGCUAUACUUUGCGUUUUUUUUUUUUAAUUUUUGAGUAGCACUAUCUUUUUCUCCUCUAAAAAAUAUUAAAUUUUGUUGGAAUUUCAGAUUUCUGUGUUUCGAUAAUGAACUGCAAGGUAGAGACCGCAAAUUGUUUAUAUCACUGUUUCUUUUGAUCGCUUGCAAAAUAUGUAUUUUUUUAUUAAUAGUACUUUGUAUGGACUGUUUCCUUCUAUUCUUAUGCGAAGUAAAAUAGCAUUCGAGAUCAGAAUUUGCAAGGGAACGCUAUCUGCGAGGAACUUCUGAUUCGGUUUUUGGGGAAGAGUACAAGCGUAUACUUUGAUAUUCUAUAUCCGAAAAAGGAAAGCUAAUUUCGAAAGGAAGUUGUUCCAUUUGUUUUUGAAAAUCGAGAAAAUUUUGGAAAAAUUACACAGUUUUUCUUAUUUUAUUGACUUUCAACUUUUCAUUAAUUCAAGUUAUGGGUUCAUAUAAAUCCAUUUCGUCAGUGCUAUGUAGGGAGCAGCAACCACAUUAUAUUUGAAUAAAAAGUUUAGAGUUUCGUUCCAAAGGCAUACAACUGUAAACAUUGGGCAAAAUCCAUAUUGCCUUUUAAUAUCACGAUCAGGCUAUAAAUAGUCGACGAUAUGAAAAAAAUCCAUUAGAAAAUUUACAGAAAUAUGUUAUUCUGAUAUCGCAAAAAAUGUCGGUAAACUGCGGAGAAAAACAACAGAUAUAAUAGAUAUAGACUCAAAAGCGUAAUCCAGAGCAUUUGAAAAUGAAAUGUCUAAUCCUAUUUUUUGCCUUUGUAUUCAACCACCACAUUCCUGUCAAAAACUAUUAUUUUUUUUCUAGGUUUACGACUUUUUCGACGUAUGUAUGAUACGUCGGAAAAGUAUGUAAUAUACGUCAGAAUUUCUAACAGACCAUCUAUGGGCUGGUAUCAAAAUGGUAUUUAUGCGUACAGUACCGCAUUGAAUUUGCCUGGGUAUGACCUAACAAAUCAUCUAAUCUACAGCGCCCUCAAGGUGUUGCAAUACAAAGACAAGAGCUUUUCACCUCAAGUUAGCAAAAACAGAUUAUAAAUCCUGCCAUCUAUUUCAAGCAAUGCAAAACAAACAAAAGCUCUUUUAAAGCUUUUGUCUUGAAAAAUAAACUAAAAUAUGCCUCUGAUUUUGUAAUCCAAUUAUGAAGAUAUUUAACAAUUAUUAUUAUUAACAUCAUUAUCAUUAUUUUGUUAUUUGUUACGAUGAUAAUUAUUUUGAAAUUAAAUAAAAAUAAAUAAAUCAUAAAAAAUGUGUAUGAAUUCUUCAAUUAUAUAAAUUUUAUUGUAAAAAAAUAUUUGUUUUGAUAUCAAAUAAAUGCAGUUUGAGCUCAAUUUAAUCAAUUACUAGAAAAUAUUUUUCAUUGAAAAAAUUUCUUUAUUUUGGUAAAUUUUAAAAAUAAAAUAAAAAAACUCGAGCUCUUUCUGUUUUAUUUAUAUUUUGCUUGUCACAUAUUUUUGUUGUUAUUAUAGUUUUGUUAAUAUUUACUCUAUUCAACACAAGUAUAUAUAUCAAAGCAUUUAAUGCUAAAAAUAACCCACAACCCACAAAAAAAAACAAAA